GGAAUGCACGCAUCCGAACCAUCUUCUUAGAAGAAGAAGAUUAGAAGAAGAAGAAGAAGAAGAAGAAGAAGAAGAAGACAAUCUUAGCAAAGAGCAUGGCGCGCCACCACAACCACCAGCAGCGGGGAGCGGCGGCGGCGGCGGCGGCAUUGCCGGUGAUCAACAUUGGCCGGCUCGGCGACAAGGACCCCGCCGCGCGGGCGCUCGUCGUCCAGGACAUCGCCCGGGCGUGCCGCGACCGCGGGUGCUUCCAGGUGGUAAACCACGGCGUCAGCAAGUCCGCCAUGGACGGCGCCCUGGAGGCCGCCUCCGAGUUCUUCGACUUGCCCGCGGAGCACAAGGCGGCGUUCGCCUGCGACGACAUCCGCAGCCCGGUCCGGUACGACACCAGCUCCCGGGACGGGAUCAGCAAGGCCCGGUCCUUCCUCAAGCACUACGCCAAUCCCCUCCACCACUGGGUCGACGACUGGCCAACACAACCGGCAACAUACAGGAAGAAGAUGGGGACGUACGCCGUGGAGAUGCAGAGGCUGUCGGUGCAGCUCAUUGGGGCCAUCGUGCAGGGGCUGGGGCUAGACCCAAUGUACCUGCAGGAGAAGCUCGGGGCAGGGCUGCAGUUCAUCGCCCUGAACAACUACCCGCAGGGGUCGUCGCGGGCGGGUGACACGGUCGGGCUGGCGCCGCACUCGGACAUCGGCUUCAUCACCAUCCUGCUGCAGAGCUCGCCGGGGCUCGAGGUGACGCACCACGACGACGGCGGCGUCUGGACGCCCGUCCCGGCCAUCCCGGGGGCGCUCCACGUCCACCUCGGCGACCACCUGGAGGUGCUGAGCAACGGCCGCCUCCGGUCCCUCCUGCACCGGGCCAUCCUCAACACCGAUGAAGCGAGGAUCUCCAUCGCCAGCAUCCACGGCGCGGCGAUGGACGAGAAGGUCGGGUGCGCCGACGAGCUCGUCGACGAGCAACACCCGAGGAUGUACAGGGAGAGCAGCUUCCAUGACUUCCUCGACUUCCUGCCCACCAACGUCAAGGCGUACCGGAGGUUCGUUGACACCCUCAAGAUCGACAGUGCUUAAAUGGGAAACAAAAUAUACAUUGGUUCAGCUCCACUAAGACAUAAAACAUAGCUGAAUGAGACUCUGCAGAUAAGUGUCCAUUUAGUUGUGUCCGUCAGUCUUACUGCUAGCUGGAGAACAAAAUUACUGUUUAAUUAUGCCUCCAUUACCAAGUACUAUCUCACUACGAAUAAGGGAGUAUGGUAUUAGCAGAGCUGGAUGGGCGUGUGAUUAGCAGGGUGCCUUUUUUUUUUCCUCUCCCUUCCUUUCUUUGGGGAAAUGCAGCAUGUCUGCAUGUCUCUUCCAUCAAAAGGAGGAUCAAAGGAACCUUGCAAGGUUCUUCCGGUUCUUUGGUAGUACCUACAUAAACCAUGUGUUGGUCAGUUCAGUCCUAUGUGUGUGUCAGUUGAUUUCACCUAUUGAAAUUUACUUUCUCAUGAGAUAUACUAAUACAAUUUACUGUUUGACAUUUGCCUGA